AAAGAAAAAAAGAAAAAUAUUUGGAAGGAAUAGAAACGAACCGAAACGGGGAAUCAUUGUUUGCGUCUGUAAAUUGAAAAUUGCAUCCCUCUCCCUGAAACUCAACCUCAAAACCCUAGCUUCCUGCAACACGAGCCACUACGGCGUCGUUUCAGUAACGUUGUUAUGAUUGGGUGACAAUCGUACCGAACAGAAUCAAAUCGAAUCGCGGAGAGGAAGACAGCACCGGCGUUCGUUAUGUACAGAGAGCGAGGAGUGGGAUCCAAAUCGGAGGUAACUUCCGCUGAUCGGAAGCGAAUCAACGACGUCCUCGAUAAACAGCUCGAACGAUCCUCGCCGUCCACAUCCAGAGCCGCCGGCAUCAACGGCAAGGACCGCUCGUCCUCCUCUUCUCUCUUAGCCGCCGCCGCCAAGGACUCCCGCUCCGCCUCCGUCACCGCCCCUAUCUCCAAGAAUUCCAAUGCUUCUGACGAAGAGUCUGAAACAGACAGCGAGGAGUCUGAUGUUAGCGGUUCCGAUGGAGAUGACACGUCUUGGAUCUCGUGGUUCUGCAAUUUGAGAGGAAACGAGUUCUUUUGCGAGGUUGAUGACGAUUACAUCCAGGACGACUUCAACCUGUGCGGAUUAAGCAGUCAAGUGCCUUACUACGAUUAUGCUCUGGAUUUGAUUUUGGAUGUUGAGUCCUCCCAUGGUGACAUGUUUACCGAGGAACAAAAUGAGUUAAUUGAAUCAGCAGCCGAGAUGCUAUAUGGUCUGAUUCAUGCCCGGUAUAUACUGACAAGCAAAGGAAUGGCUGCAAUGCUGGACAAGUACAAGAACUAUGAUUUUGGCAGAUGCCCUAGAGUUUACUGCUCUGGACAACCUUGCAUUCCAGUUGGUCAGUCAGACAUCCCUAGAUCCAGUACUGUGAAAAUAUACUGCCCUAGGUGUGAAGACAUUUACUAUCCUCGCUCCAAGUAUCAAGGCAACAUUGACGGAGCUUAUUUUGGAACUACAUUUCCUCACCUGUUCCUCAUGACUUAUGGACAACUAAAACCACAGAAACCAUCACAGAGCUAUGUUCCAAGAGUUUUUGGCUUCAAACUUCACAAGCCUUGAAGCUGAAAUUUUAAGCUUCCAUUAAAAGCUUCUGUUUUUGCUUUAGGAGCAUGUUGUAAAGAGAAUUGCAGACGACCUGUCAUGCAAAUGCUGGUUUCAAUUUCAGCUUGGAAUUCAGUGAGCUUCAAGUUCCAUGAACAAGUGCUUAGGUACUUCAAUGCACUCUUAAGUGCUUAUUGCAAAUUGUAUUCUUGCGGUUAGUUUCACUUAAAGUUGUUUAUGAUUGUGUCAGAUUACAGAUACCCAACUAUUUUAUAUUAUUUUAUUCCAUUUGCUCUC